AUGUCAUCUUAUAAAGCGGCUGUUUUAAAUUUGUAUAAAACGCUCCUGUAUAUGGGAAAAGAUUAUCCUCUAGGUUAUCAGUACUUUCGUAACAAAUGUCACAAUGCCUUUUUACAAAACAAAAUGGAAACCGAUCCCGCUAAAAUUCGCCAAAUGAUCAAGUAUGGAAAAUUUAUGAUUAAAGAACUGGAAGCUUUAUAUAAGUUAAAAAAGUAUAGAACUUUAAAAAAAAGAUAUUAUUCGUAA